AUGGCCACCUCCACCUCCACCUCCAGCGCCACCUCCACAGCCGUAAUUGAGGGCUUCGCCAUUCGUCGCAACAACUCCUGUCUCAGCGACGAAGUCAGCUGCGGCUCGACCUGGGAGACCUGGCACGCGUGCUGUCCGAGCGGGUCUUACUGCCCCGGGUCGAAGAUCUCUAUCCCCAACAACGUCUGCUGUCCCAGCUGGACGGACUGCACGUCAGAAAUCGAGGAUCCCCCUGUCUGCGCAGACAACAGCUGGGGUCUGUACAACUAUACCGGGUAUUUCUGCUGUCCGAGCAGCGACGAUGGGUUUAUGGUUAAGGAUACGGUUUGGGUGGGCUGCUCGGCGCCGGACUCGCCGGGGAAUGCGAGUUACAGUGCCCUGAGGGAGAUUGUGACGGGUUACGAGUACCACAGGUUCAACGAUAUCAACGUCGACCGCCACAUCGGGCGCUUCAAGUAUAACAUCCGCGCCAACUGCCACGAGCUCGAGUUCUGGUAG